CGUCCCUGGCCCAAACGCGUUUCGCUUGCUCAAUCUUAGAGAAACUUGACUGCGAUUAAUCUACUCGGAGAAGAUCUGUCGUCUGUCAAUCCUGCCCACCGUCAACUCUACCCUUUCUCCAGAUUUUCCACAACUGCUUUCCAGAACCUCGAUGGCUUUGAUCCAGGUUCGUUGGCCCCGGAUUCUGCUGCAGUCAUUCCCUCACGACAGUCUGGCUUCGACGACUUGCACCUACCACCACCGUUCAUGACUCUGGAGAAGCUCCCUUCAGACUUGAACCACGAGCCUACAGCUCCAUUUUCUCUUCACCAACACCGCUCCCUCAGCCAUUCCUCGACCAAUUCUGACGACUGGGUUUCUCCAUACACCCUUCCUCCCUUGCCCGUCCUCCCGCGAAACCGCGGCCAGUCCGAAAACUAUCGAUCCCCUGAACUUCCACAUCAGCGCGUCGAAAGUGGAUCUUACUACGCUGCUGCUUGGGGUUCGCCAUACGCCACUCCUUCUCCUCGAGCUGCUCAACCGAUCUCGACACUACCAAAGCGAAACGCCGAUUUCGAGUUCUCCUCGCCACCACUGCCUCUGUCACGCCCAGAAUUGGGCAGAAAUUCAACCGACCAUCCUCGUCGCAAACCUCUCUCUGAACGUCCAAAUUGGUUGAGUGACUCUGACGAAAGCCAGCCAGACACGAGUGUCGCGCAAGAGCAGACCCCGAGAGGAUUGGUGAAAACCACCAGCUGGGGCCCAUCUCCCAUCUCCUCUUCCCGCCCAAGACACCGCAUAUCAGAAAGCCUUGCCACCAUCACCCCGGAAGGUUUCCAUGAAUCCACAAACACCACACUCGAGUCAGGAAGUCCCCACUCUUUGACCAGCAAGAGGGUUGCAGAUCUGAAAAUGGUGUCGACGGAGAAGCCACUCCCCCCUCUGGACCGUCGAUCCUCUCUUGUCGAACCAGAAUCAAACUCUUUCGAGCUUUCGACCUCGCCGACCCGACCUCGCCCAUCAUCCCUCCAAUCAUACCAGCGGCAGAAGAGAAAGGUUGCAUGGAAUGGCAAAAAUUGCAUCAUCUCCCUGCCUCCUAUAGAUCGUCUUGGGGCAGGCUUACCGCCGUUACUGACGCCUCAGCAAGUGCAAGAACGCAUCGACAAAUUCGUUGCCGCUGGCUAUAGGCUCGAGGGGUUCGAAUUGACUGGUGGCAUCGUUAGCUCAGAGAAUUCUGGCCAAAGUCGUCCCAUUUUCCCUGCUGACGUCGACACUUACUCCGACGUCAAGAAGUCACGCCGAUAUGAAGUUCGAAUUCCAAAUCAGGCGGAAUGGGAAGCCUGGGUCAACCUUUUGAAAGAAGAGAAGCUUCGAGCGCUGGGCGUCAGUCCAAGCAAUUCCGAGGCACCACCAUCAACACAGUCACCCUUCUCGCCUAAUAUCAGCCGUGUGUCUUCAGGAUACCCUGGUCUUGUACCAUCGCCGCCCAUUGCACCGUCCUCAUCCGCCAGCAACCCCAUGCGUCUUACAGGCACCGCAAUCUCCCCUUCACUCAUCUCAUCCUCUGGCCUUAGUCCGCAGCCUGGUUCUGCGAAGUCGGCACAGUUCAAUGGUCUGCCAAAGUCGCUGCAUGGUUACAAGCAAUCCAUGGCACCGCCUAGCAAUCGUGGUCGUACCAGCUCUCCAUAUGACCAUGUCAUGUCUCAUUCGGUCUCGUUGGGCCCCGGGAUGCCACCUAUAAUCCAGCCGUUAUCGUCUCGUCAGAACAGCUUCUCGCCUGGCCACCCUCUCCAUCUACCAAACAUGGGAGAAAUUUUGUCUCCCAUCCAACAACAGCAUGUAUUUGACCUGCGUGGACAAGGGCCUUCUCUGCCAGCGGCUCAGGUCCAUCACACUCACAUGCCUUCCCAGGCACAUUUCAGCCAUCUCUCUAAUACUUUUCGAAACCUUCCCAGCCCUCAGAAUGCUCCGCGACACGACCACUUGCCGAAAACUCCAACUCAUAUUGGUCCAUCUCGCUCACCCAUUGAAAUCGCACAUCCCACCCCCAAAAGCCACCGUCACAAUCUGAGCAUGGCCUUACAAAAGGAGAUCGAUGAAGCAGAAGCUGCGGCUCGCGAGCAGGAUAGUGACCGUGAUGUCAAGGAGACCGAGGUUCUUGCAGACAGCCGCAGCCCCGCCCUUCGAAGAGACUCGGCCUGGGAGGGGUCCGUCAACGACGAGCCGCCAAUCUUGAGGCGUCCGGAGACCAUUACAGACGAAAGAUCCGAGAUUGAGACCAAUCCAAGCAUAGCAGCUACGCCCAUGCUGAUGGAUGAUAAAAAUCCCUUUUCAAACUGGCAGACCUUGAGCGAUGCUGCGAAAGGAGAUCCUCAGCCUGACGACAAGCCAUCCAGUGCUGCACCUCGCACGGCUACGAAGUUGAAUGUCCAAGCCAAAGAGUUUGAUCCCCGAGGAGCCUUCUCCAGUGCGAAUUUUGCCGAUAGUGGCAUUUCUUCCGCACCAUUUGGACUUCAACCGGCGGUCCAACCUUUCGCAGCGAAACCCCCUAGGCUUCCCGGCAAGAACAAGCUAUCCAUAUCUCACCUUAAUGCUGGUGCGCCAACCUUCACGCCUGGCAACCUGAAAAGCCCUCAAAAUCCGCCGAUUCCUGAGGAUGAAGCUCCCGUCACCAGCAAAUCAGCCCCGUUCGAAUUCACUGCCGCCACUCAGUCGACACAAGCAACCUCGUUUGGGUUUUCCGCGGCACAAUUCAACGUGGCUGCGCCUGUGUUUAAUCCUUCUAAUUCACCAACCACAAACUUCAAGACCAUGGUUGGUCAUGACAAAGAGCCACCUGCGAACAGCAUCUUUGGACCCGUUGUCAUAGAUCCCAACUCCGCAGCGACGAGGCGGGCAAGCAAAGCCAUCCCCAUCACUCAGCCACGGAUCGAACCGAUGACGGAUGAAGACGUCGAUGGGCGACCCAUGGCAUCAAUUGAGCGACAGAAACGCGCGCGACGAACGGAUAAUGAUGGCAAUGAAAGUCCAUUGUAUGCUGAUUCGGCCCCGUUCCGCCAUUCGACAUCUCCCCCAAGAAGUGUUGAAGGAAAAGAGGCAAAGAGUUCUCAGCCGAGCCAGGCCGAUGAGACGUUUGAUGGAUGGUCGUACAUUUCUGCUAACGAAGAAGAGCUCAAACCGACGGACCAGCCAGUAUCGCGAAGCCACUCCAGAAGCCCUUCAGUAACCGUCACCAUGCCAUUCUCGUUCAAAAAUGAGGUCGAUGCAGCCACGUUCAACCAAGCUCUGCCGCCAUUAGAUGACUCUUUGCUGGUUGGAAAAGACGAAGACGUCAAAGAUCCCGUCGACAACUCACAUGUCGAAAAAUCACAUGUCGACCAAGCUCCGGAAGCAAUUGUCAGCCCCCAACAACCCAAGUCAUCUUUGUCGGCCCUGGCAACGCCGUUUGAGAUCAAGCCCCGAACGGUCGAUCAAACUCCCACAAAAUUGCAUACAGCCCGUAAGCCCAAGGGGUUAGAGGCCUCCCGUUUUGCUAUUCCCCAAAGCCCCGUGCAAUCAUCUGCAGGCCCCAGUACCAGCCUUUCCUCACCUCCAGCAGAGCUGUACUACUAUGAGCAAAAGACCGAGCCCGAGGAAGCUGAGGCCGAAGGCCAACACGAUACGCCGACGCCCCCGGAAGAAGCGCUCGAGUCCGUCCCCAAAGACGAUGACACGAAGAGCGGCUCUGAAGCUCCUGCUGCUGAUGAUCGCCUGCUGGACAUUGAAACUUCUCCACGUCCCCCAGUGGAGUACGCUCGUCCUCAAAAUGAGGACGUGGAAGAGAUCGAUGGGCCAUCGUUCGAGGAAAUUGACGCAGUCAUGAAGCGGUUCGAAGAGGAUCCCGAGCUCGGCAUCGAACGUCUCGAUACCCCGUUGCAGUCGACGCCUUUUAUUAACGAGCCUUUGGUUGGGACGCUACGCAGUAGUGCCCCGAGUCCAAGCCCACCAGUAAGCCAUGACGUGAGGGAUAGACAAGAAGAGUCCAAGUUCUUGCCAUCUACGGGGCUAGGAAUUGGUAUUCACAACCUCAACGCGGGGAGAGGGGACAUUAGCGAUUGGGGUGGCGUUCUCCCGAGAGACGAAGAGGACAAACUCGAAAUCAGGUCUCGAUUUUUCGAUGGCCACGUCAACGACCUGGUAGGCGGUAUUCUAGAGAAUCGCAUUGGCCCACUGGAACGUACGCUGGAAACAAUGCAACAGUCUCUAGCAGUGAUUGCUGGUGGCCUGAAAACAAAACCUGAGAUGAGAGGCUUCUCAACUGAUGGCAAAGAGUCCGAUGCAGAUGAUGAAGAUGAGUAUGAUGCCUUUGAAGGGUUUUCGCAAUAUAGAGCCCGAUCACCUGCUGCUCGACGAGAUGUCGUCCGACAAGAUCGAAUUCGAGCUGCCGUCUCAGAAGCAUUGGCCAGUUUUCGACCGCCAACACCGCCUCCGCCUACAAUGGACUUGGCAGAGUUCAACGAUAUUCUCCAAGAGAUACGACAAGUUGCCCUACAGACCAACUCUCUGAAUACUCAACAUGAGCUUCGGACCAUCGUGGAGGAUGUCAUUUCCAAUCACCCAAGAUUGCGGGGAACCAGAGUGCAGAAAGAUCACGAAGCUGCCGAGAUCAGACUUCAGCCAAAGAUCGAUGGACUGGAAUCGAUGCUAGCAGUGGCCAAGGAGCAUGCCUCGGAAGAAGUUCGUCUGAGGAGAAGAGCUGAGGAGGAAAUGGGUGAGUUGAAGAUUCGUCUUCGUAUCGCCGAGCAAGAGGCAGCUCAGUAUCGCGAGUCAUCUAAAGAGGCCGAACAAACCCUACUUGCAUUUGUCGAGGAAAAGAAAUCCUACAAAAGCCUGGAAGAGCAACAUGAGAAUUUUCUGUUAAAGAAUGCCGCUCUAGAGACGACAUUGGAAGAAUACCGCAUGUCGAGCGACCAAUGGCGUGAGGACAUUCGCGAGGAGCGUUCUAAGAACAGCGCUCUGAGAGAGAUCCUCCAAGGACUACACGGGCAAUUGGAAGACCAAUCUCAACUACGCCAAACGUUCAGGCAAAAGGUGGAACGGCUACAGGAAGAUCUCACUCGCGUUGUCCAAGACUCACAGUCUGAUCAAAAUGAUUGGCGAGCGCGAGAACAUAAACUUUUGAGCAAGCUUGCCUUGGUCGAAGACACUCUUGCUCAGGAACGACAGCACCGUGCAAAAGCUGAAAAUGAGCUGUCUAUGGUUGAAAGCGAACUGAAAGCAAGCGUCGACUUCAAAAGUGCUUUCGAGAAUGCGACGAUUGAUAUUGCUCGACUGAAUGAGACAAUGGCAAGCCUCAGAGAGGAGAACAGAGCGCUAGAUACCAAAUGCUUCAGCUUAGACCGAGAACUAGAUCACACCGUCAAGACAAGAGAUGCCGAAGUGGCGACGAAGACCACUCAAGUACAAGCUGAACUUGAAAGCGUCAGGGGACAGCUUGACAGUAUUCGGACUGAUUCAGAAGCACAGAUCUCCAGACUUCAGAGUCGACUUGAUCAUGCCGAGCUGGAUAUCGAAGAUCAGAAGGCCAAACAUGAUGCCUUGCUCUCAGAGAUGGUUGAAAACCACAAGGAAACCGUUCGCGAGAUGAAUGAAAAACGAGAGAGCGCAUUGGAAGAGCAGCACAAGCUACAUGAGAAGAAGCUCAACGAUCUUCGAGAGCGGCAUACUCGAGAAUUGCACAACUCGUUUGACAACCGUACCAGACUGGAGCACCAGCUCAAUGAGAGACUUGCCCUUGGACAGGACAAAAACAAACACCUCGAGAGCAAAAUUGCUGAUCUUGAGGAGAGACUGGAAGCCGCCAGGGCGGCUGUCCGGGCCGCGGCUGAAGCAGCUAUAGCCAAGGGAAUCAAUCUUCCAACGCCAGCACCCUCAGUAGUUGCAUCUCCGCCACAGCGUGCAGCAAGUGGCUCGAUCUCAUUUGUCAAAAACACGGAUGUGCCAGAACGAAUUUCGCCACAGGCACUCAGGGAAUCGAUCAUGGUCUUGCAAGAUCAGCUUCAAAACAGGGAGCUUAAAAUUGAAACUCUCGAAAACGAGCUCGCAAGUGUGGACAAAGACGCCGCUCGAAAGAUCAAAGAGAGGGAGACAGAGAUUGGCUGGCUCCGAGAAUUGCUUGGAGUUCGCGUCGAUGAUCUCGAAGUCAUUAUUUCAACACUAUCUCAGCCCGACUUUGAUCGAGAGAGCAUCAAAGAUGCCACGAUCCGACUGAAAGCAAAUCUCCAGAUGGAGCAACAGCUUAAGGAACGAGCCCAGGGAUCGUCGCUGGGAUCCCUGCCAUCGAUCGCCACGCUGACGAGCUAUGCCCAGUCUCCGCGAGCACUGCCAAUGGCAGCAGUCGCAGCAUUUUCAAACUGGAGAAAAGUACGGGACAGUUCGAUUGGGACCAUUUCAGAUUUGGCUACGGGGGUCACCAAUCAAACACCAUCCAGGUCGACCAUUGGUAGCCCUUCCAGUAUAUUGUCUGGAAUCAUGACACCCCCAAGCACCAGCCAGAGGCAAUCGAGCUCAAGUGAACGAACAGCGCCUCCUCCCGCCAUGAGGCCAUUAGCUGGGGUAGCGGGACAAACACGCAAGAGCAGCAUAGAAGCGCGACCAUUGAGAGCUUACAACGCUCAAGCUCGGACGUUAUCUAGUCGGCAACAAGAAACGCGAGGGGAGGCAGCAGGAUCGUAUCCUCUCCCACGAGCAGAUUCCCCCCAAACACCAACUCAAAACAAAGGGCCCAGCCUGGACUUUGGCGAAGACGUGGACGAAGAUGCCUCACCACUUGAUGGACGGCACAGCGCACAUCUCGAAGAAGGCAAUCCAAUAUGUGAAUAAAAUUUUGGUGGCCAUGGCCAUGUUACCACCAAGCGGCGUACAAAUGGACCUCUUAGCAAGCGAUUGACGACACAAUUUUCGAAGACGGGGAGAUUGCAGGAACACCUAUCAUGGAUGUGUCUGGUUUUACCUUGGUUCAACCUUUCUCUCUGUGUUGGGACGACGGAGGAUUUUCUUUUUCUUUCUUGCAUAGAGGCAUUACAGCAUAGCGGAGAUUGGCACAUUGACAGCUAGCUAGUUACAUAUUGAUCAGGGUUACGAGCGGGGAAUUCUUGCAGGCGAGAUGUUGGACUUUGUUGCUUGGAAUGUGUUGAGUCGGCUCAGUGCUGAGGUUACUGUCAAAUAUGCAAAUUACAAACAGCACUCCACUUUUUCUUUGUUUUUAUACGAAUACCCAGAUAGCGCAGUACGAGGAGGGGAAGCUUUCUUUUACAAUCAUGAUGAAAUUUGUGC